AUGAAAGACCUGUCAAAUAAUAUUGAUAACGAUGACGGCGAAUACGAGGAGUAUCAAUACAGUUACUUAACUGUUCCGACGAAAGAAUUCAAAGAGACCCUUGUCGAUGAAGGUGGCGGUAGAAUGUCGAUUUUCGUGCGCCCUAAAAUGCCGGAUUAUGAUGAUGUACCGUUGAACGUUCCCGAGAUACCGAAACAUGGACCGAUUACGCCAGAAAGAAUCUCGUCAUCAGGGGACUAUUCCUUCUCUUCUCAGAAAUUAUCUUCAACUUCACUCGACAGCUUCUGGAACCCAACAGACCGCUAUGGUAAUUUCAUCGACAGGGAGACAUUUCUCUCAACUCACCAAACUUCAAAUUACGCGGAUGAAGAAAUAUAUUUUCCACCGAGGCUUCCAUCUACUGAACUUAUAGAAAACUUCACACAAGUUUCCGAGAACGAAGUGAGAGAUGAAUUUACUCAAGUCUCGCCAGCAGAACUGCGAGAUGAAGGAGUUCAAGCAACGCAAAUAGAAGAAAAGGAUGAUAAAAGUGCUCAAGUGAAUGCUUUUAGUUUGAUUGAGCCGUACUUGAGAAAUACUGGAAAUCAGACAAGUAGAAAGAAUACUGAGGAAAAAUCUACUGAAACUCUUAUGUUUGGUUUAUUGGAAACAAUCGACGCGGGGAUCCAACCAUCUAUGACAUUCUUCUCCGACGAUGCCAUCGAUGAAGCUUUUGAAACGGAAGUACUAUUGCAAGACAUAGAAACACAAGUCAGCGAAAGUCUAGCUCUUCUUUCUCAAGAGCCACCUCGACUAUCAGCAGAGCCGGAGCAUGAAGUUGAUAGCGAUGGCGAGUAUUACAAAGAGAAAGAAACUAUCACCAACGAGCCCGCUACCAACAGUAUGCUUGACGAUCAAAUUUCUGAAAUAAUUGCUCUCGUUGAUGCUGCUCCUUUCUACAGAAUUGUUAGAUGGAUGGAGCUUCUUGCCUAUUCUUACGCCUGUUUAUAUAUUUUCGUCCAUUGCUUCGUACCUGCCGAGCAAUUUCAUUGA